UUGGGAAGGGGUGUAAAUUAAAACUAUUAUACGCAUCGUGUUGAUUGCUAAACAGAUGCAAACAUUUGAGAUGCAAUACUUAUUUUAUUGUUUAUUAUAUUAUAAUAUAACUUUAUUUUCAACAUAUUUAUGCCAGUUUAUCCUUGGAUAUCUUUUCAAUUGUAUAUAAUUUUAUACUGAUAAAAUAAUGAUUUUUUUUUUUUUAUGUAAGUUAUUAUUGCAUUGUAUGUUUUUCGUGCUAUUUAAAACAUUCUAAUGAUAUCCGUAUAUUAGUAUUUUAAUGACUAUAUUAAUUAAUUCGAGAAAUAUACAUCCGGUAGUUACUUAAAGAACAUUAUCGGCAACCAGGUUUGAAGAUGUUUAUAAUGUAUUACUGAAUUGUGUGCUUUUCUUAUUAUUAAAUAAUGCUAAUACAUAUAUGAUAUUAUAAUAUUAGCAUUUAAUGACUAAUUAAUUAGAGAAAUGUACACCUGGUAGUCACUUAACGUACAUUAUCGGCGGAACCGAUCUGUGAUUAGUUUUGUAUACCUCGUGUAUCACUUUAACACUUUGUUGUUUAUCGUUUCGGCGCUUUGUAAAGUCAAGUGAUUUAUGUUGAGACUCGCACACUCGUGGCGUAUUUACACCUCGGUCUACUGGCAGGUUUCUGGCUGGUAUACAAAUGUCUUUUGCUGAUUUUAUCUCAAAUGUUUUGACUUUUUGACACAAAAUAGUUCCAUUUGUACGAGAUCGGUGUGAUACUAUCACCCAACAACCUUUGACCUGCUACUAUAAAUUUAAAUAAGAGAAUAACAAACAAAAAAAACGAAAAAAAACCCUCGAAAGAAAGAAAAUAAUGAAAGGAUAAAUUAUUUAAAUAAGAGAGAAAAAAGAAGAAAAAAAGCGAAAUAUAAAAAAAGAAAGGCGAAAAACAGAACAUUAAAAAGUCGGAAUAAGACGAAAUGUACCGAACAGUUGAUGGUGUGCACGAUGUUGAUACGAUCUACUACACGCCGAGUUGCUAUAUAUCACGUAUCGCUUGUUUGUAAUAUUCUCUUUCAGUUUUGACAACUGACAAACUGCUACACUCGUCGUCAAUUUAUCCCCGUCAGAGCAGACGACACUACCAGCUCGUGCUAAUAACUAAUAAAUAAUAUUUUAAAAUUAACCAAUUUCCAUCGAAUGAAUCGCACUCGUAGUCGUGGUGUAAUUACAGAAAGUCGACCCUUCCUCAACCCAGCUGUUGCCCCCUCUCUUUCCCUUCUCCACUCUCCAUAUAUUUCUCUCCCUCUUUCUCUCCCUCUCUCUUUCCCUUCCUAUAUUCAUUCCAAUGUUUACUAGCGAACGGAGACUCCACGCGUAAAAACAGGGUGUGAUUCGGCCACAGGACAGGGCGCUAAGGUACGAGCGUUCUGAUUGGUUAGCCCGCGACAGCCAGUUUCUCAUUCCGAAGCAAAUGAUUUAUUUUCACCGACAGCGACUUAGAACUCCCACAAAUCACGCGUCUAGUAUAGGUCAUGUAGCUAGAAUUGUCUUUCCAUCAUAUAUCCACAAAAAUGAAUUCAUACUUUGCGGCAUCCUUUCUCCCUUCGUAUUCACCCGACGGCCAUUACGUUCCGAAUAGCUACAGCUCGAACAACUACGGAUUAUAUUCGUCGAGACUCGGAGAUCAGAUCGGCUAUCACUGUGCGUCUUCAGGAGGCUACUCCGGCAACGAAAAUGUUUCUUCGUCACACUACUACCCCCAGCAGAAAACGAACUUUCACUACCAGUCCAACGGCGACACUUCGUCUGCGUCUUACGAAGCGAAAAAUGUCGCGGCAUAUCCACCGGCGCAAGUAGCAGACGACAGUUUGAACGUUUCCCGCUACAACUCGGGCGCCAAUCUCGGGUAUCAGCACCAACCACAGCAUCACCAAAAUGCGGACUGGAACCACAGUCAGCACCAGGAUUCCACCCCGUCGCCGAACCGCAAUCAGCAGGGUAGUCCGUAUUCUCCAUCGCUGGAAAACAAACCAAUCGUGUCUUGUUCUGUGUCGCCGAAAAUCUUCGAGGAAUCUCAACAACAACAGAAAACGGAACCGGUGACGCCUUUCUACCCUUGGAUGGGAAUCGUGGGUCCAAACUCUGCACAGCGCAGGAGAGGUCGCCAGACCUACAGCCGAUAUCAGACGUUAGAACUCGAGAAGGAAUUCCAAUUUAAUCACUACCUCACGCGGAAACGACGGAUUGAAAUCGCACAUGCUCUGUGUUUGACGGAGAGGCAAAUUAAAAUAUGGUUUCAAAAUCGCAGGAUGAAGCUGAAAAAAGAGAACAUGGCGAUAAAAGAACUGAAUGAGAACUCUAGAAAGACUGAGCAGCUUAGUGAUGACGUCAGUGAUGAAAACUCCAGUUGAGAAAGGAAAAACAAAACAAAAUAAAAACCUGUUGUUUUGUUUAACCAAUGGCUAGUUACUAUUUCGACGGAAGACGGGUAUAUUUGUGUUUAUGCGCAGGCGCAAGAAAGCAAAGACAGUUUUGCACUUCCUGUUGCAAUUGGUGCCGACCACAUCACAUGUCCACAUUAUAUUUGCGACGUAAGUAAGCAAUUGCAAUAGUAGAGAAUAGAUCGUACGCACGUCGCUUGCUGGCUAACUCAGGGUCGCUUACAGAAGUUAAAGAAAGACAAAAAAGAAAUGAUGAAAGAAAGACAAAAAAGAAAUGAUGAAAGAAGGAAAGAAAGAAAGAAAGAAAGAAGAACGAAGGAAACGAAAACGGCUAGAAAAGACAAAUGGCGGACAGACCCGCAAUUCCGCCAAAGUAGACUGGUGGCUGUACGCUGCUUAAAAUGUGAUAGCAUUAACUUAAAGCGUAACAGUUUUCCAAAUCCGUGACCGAAAAACCAGUCGAUGCCGUGCUUCGACCAGUUCCAUCUUUCUAUCACUUAUGUUAGAGAAUUUUAUUCAAAUUAAAAAAUAAAUAAUAAAAAACCCAAAAAAAACAAGGACAGACAACUCCAGUACAUUCAGUGUUCGUUGAGUCAUUUGGAAGAUUAGAUUAUCUGCGUGAGGUUUCUGUUAUUCGUGUGUAUUGUGUCUUGACUCGAUUCAUUUCGCCUGUCCCAUGACAAUUGUCGAUGUUUUUGUGUGUGAAAACCAACUAUUGUAGAGUCGUCAUUGUAAAUCACGCACCAGCAUGUUUGCGAAGGAAAAAUUGGUUCUCGACCCUAUCCCCCCCCCCCACCCCCUCCUGCCACCCCCAUACCGUAGUGAAUUGGUUUCUGUUGUAUGGCUAAUUAGAAGCUACCUCCAUUGUUUUGUCAAUCGCCAGGGCCCAUAUUUCUGAAGCCAUCUUAAUGGUACGAGAUCGUAAAACCAUCGUAGGUUGUGACGUCACUACAGUACAAUCCAUAGUAACGUCAUAGUUUUAGGAUGGUUUUACGAGUUCGUAGGCUAAGAAUGCUUCAAAAAUAUGGGCGCAGACUCGUAUAUAACCUCAGAUACUCAGAGCUGCAAUAGCCACGCCCAUCUAGAAGCAAGGCGCAUCAUUACACUUUUAAACAAACUGUACAUUUUCCUUGGGGAGGGAAUUUGUCCUGCUCCCUCCAUCUCCACCCCGCUCCAUGCUAUAUAUAUAUGUAUAUAUAAACAAAGAUAAAACUAUAGGUUGUGCUUCAUCCCCAACUAGAGACUGUGCCCCCCCCCCCCCUCCCUCCAGAUAUAGUUCCUACGAGCCUGAUAUCUAUUUCUGAUCUUUCAGCAAAGUCUGGUAAUGAACGAGAAAAUAUUAUGUCAUGAAAGGCGGCUUAUUAGGUCAUUAUGGAUGUUCUCUGGUAGCGGACCGAGAAACGAGACACGGGUUGACCAUUCCUUGUUCCGUGUUGUUGUAAAGGGUAAACCAUGAAUUUAGUUGUGAUAAUAGUGAAUUUAAUUAUUGCGCUUACGAAAUGUGAAUAAUAUGUAUACCUGUCAUCUUAAUCCCUUUUUUUCCUUUUUUUCUUUCUUUUUAAAAAAAAAUUCAAAUGCAAAACUUUACAUUGUUUUUAAAAAGGACAAAUGGGGAUAAGUCAGGUUAGGAGAUAUGGUGGGGAGUCAAUGACCGAUAUAUAUAUAUAUAUAUAUAUAUAUAUAUAUAUAUAUAUAUAUAUAUAUAUAUAUAUAUAUAUAUAUAUAUAUAUAUAUAUAUCUUUUAAUAUCCCGCAAUACCCCUUCAGUAAUCAGGGUUUUGUUUUAACCUAUAACAUGUGAUUUUUAUUUCUUUUCCUGUCUUGCUUAAUGUUAUGAAUAAGAGCUAAUGCUAUGUACAUUACAGAUAAGAAUGUCAUGAAUAUUAUAAACGGAUAACAGUGCUCAGAAUAUAACGAGGUAGCUGUAAACUUGAAUUCCAUUCAACCAAUCAAAUACAUACCCGUAACGAGAACCCCUAGCCCUUACAUUUCAGUUCGUACACUUACAUAGCUACAAGGUGCUAAGACGCAGUUUGGAAAUCUUAUUUAUCAGGGCCGUACCUAGCAUAAAUACCAGGGGAAGGGUCGUAAUGUGGUCUGGAUCUUGUGUGUUCCAAUAUGGACCAAAAUGACCUUACUGUUUGUAAAUUCCCUGGACUAGUCUGAUAUUGAAAUGCAAAAAAGAAAUAAAUGAUUUAGCAUCAGUAGGGGUUUGUUUGAACCCAAGACCCCCAGCCUACGCAGUAAAAGAAUCCGGGUACAAUGAGAGAGAGAGAGAGAGAGAGAGAGAGAGAGAGAGAGAGAGAGAGAGAGAGAGAGAGAGAGAGAGAGAGAGAGAGACAGACAGACAGACACAGACAUUCAGAGAGACAGAGACAGAGAGAGAGUUUUCUAUAUUAAACAGAGAUUUGUGUUUUUUUAAAGUUUUCUAUCGGUAACUAGUACGCCCUUCUUCCCCACUAAGUACUGCCCUGUUACCUAAACAUUUUAACACGUCAUGUAUCGGUUUUGUAUGAAACAUAAUAUAGUGCUUGAUGCAAGCAUGUGGCAAGUUUAUUCACACGUUUGGGUGGUGUUUCAACAUUUGAUUCAAAACGUGACUUCCCAUUUACCUUUGUCUGUUCUGCUACACGUGGUUUAACACGUGGUAUGAAACGUCACGUAACACGUGGUAUGAAACGUCACGUAACACGUGGUAUGAAGCGUCACGUAACACGUGGUAUGAAGCGUCACGUAACACGUGGUAUGAAACGUCACGUAACACGUGGUAUGAAGCGCGAUUUAACGCGUGAUUUAAUGUAGUAAGUAUAAUUUACGACGUGUUGGAAGUGAAAAUGCAAUGCAAUAAAUGCAAAAAAUAAAAGUAAAACAUACUUAUACGGUAUGAUAAAAUUACAAAUAUCUGUAUUAAAAUUGUCUUUGUGUUCGUGUGUUCAUGAAUGCGAAUGUAUAUAUGCGUGUCGUGU